UAAAUGUGUCACAGAGGUGUCACAUUUUCAGGGGAGAAAAAAGAAGGCUGGCAAAAUUUUUGCUUUAUAUUGGGCUUUUCCAUUGUCUGGGAAUGCUUUUCAAUCUAGUCAGAGUGCUUAAGUGAGCUGGAGAGUUAGCCUGAAGUGUGGUGAAAUGUCUGGUGUGCUGGGAUAUAGUCGGGAAGCUGUGAGGGUGCGUGUAAAGAAGUAUGAGAUGAAUUUGCCACCUGAGUGGCGGAAGUUCUCAGUGGAUCCACAGAUAACCUCCCUGGAAGUGCUAUAUAGCAUUCUGGCGAAAGCCUUUGACCUCAAAACGGAUUUUACAAUAAGCUACAAGGCAAUCGAUCCCAAUGGUCAGGAAAUUUAUUUGUCCGUGCUGUCGGAUUGGGAUCUCGAUGCGGCAUUCCUCAGAGCACACAAUUACUCCAUAUCCACAUCAUCGGAGCCCUGUCUCAAUCUUCGGGUGGAUAUUAAGCCAUUUUCAGAGGCACCCGAUUGGGAUUCUUCGAGCAAUUCGGGUCUGUUGAAUGCCCCAAAGGAGAAUAUGCUGAAUCAGAGUUUGGGAGCUGGACAGAGGUAUGUGCAGAAUGUACAGAAUCGCCUUCCGGGGAUUUUGAUGAAUCAGAUGGAAAGGACAUUUUCCAUGGUGCAGAGAGCAUUUAAUUUUAUCGAUGAACAGACAAUUUUGCAGCCACCGAGAAAUCCACUGACUGAUGCUGAAUUCCGGGGAAUGCUGGAUUCUGUGGGACAAAUUGUGCAGCCUUUCAAUCUCAGGCAAGUAAUUUAUAUGGGUGGAAUUGAUCCGAGUCUCAGGCGUGUGGUUUGGAAGCAUAUUUUAAAUGUCUAUCCGGAUGGGAUGACAGGGCGCGAGAGAAUGGACUAUAUUAAGAAAAAGUCCAGUGAAUAUUUUAAAUUGAGGGAAGUUUGGAGGGUAGCUGUGCAGAAGGGUAAUGUGGCUGGGGAAUUGGCCUAUGUGACGAGUAUGGUGAGGAAGGAUGUCUUGAGAACAGAUAGACUUCAUCCUUUCUAUGCUGGGAGCGAUGAUAAUCAAAAUAUAGCUGCUUUGUUCAAUAUUCUCACAACUUUUGCCCUCAAUCAUCCAUCUGUGAGCUACUGUCAGGGUAUGUCGGAUAUUGCAUCGCCCCUCCUGGUCACAAUGGGUGGGGAUGAGGCUCAGGCAUAUAUUUGCUUCUGUGCUGUUAUGCGACGUCUCUGUGGCAAUUUUAUGCUCGAUGGCGUAGCCAUGACACAGAAAUUCACCCAUUUGACCAUCUCACUUCAACACUAUGAUCCCGAAUUCUAUGAAUAUCUCAAGGCACAGCAGGCAGAUGAUCUUCUCUUCUGCUAUCGUUGGCUGUUGCUGGAGAUGAAGAGAGAAUUUGCCUUUGAGGAUUCCCUGAGAAUGCUGGAAGUCCUAUGGAGUUCCCUUCCCUCGGAUCCGCCCGAAAAGGAACUACAUCUAUUUGAAAAGGAAUUUGAAGUGACACCUGAAAUUUCCACUCCCAGCAUCAGUUCAAUCUUGCGAACUCCCCGGGAGAAUCCCUAUACAAAAAUCUGUGCUCUCCGACGGCAAAAUUCAGCAGUUUCACUGCAGAGUCACUUGAGUUAUCCCACCAGCCCAGCUCCCCUGGGUACCACCAAGAGACUCAAUCACAGCCUCGAUGAAACACUGGCUUGCCUGAGUCCGGACAUCAUCAAUACCAAAAGUCAUCAGAGUCUCGAUGAGACAAAAUUCAAAUUUCCCGAAUGUCCGGCAAAGCCUGAAGAGAUCACUGAAGAGAAACCGCCAGAGACAUGUCCAGAGAUCCCAGAGAUCGAAAGACCAUCUACUCCUGAGGACCUUCCCAGGAGGCAACCUCUGACCAAAGGUGGUUCUCUCAAUCGUCAUGUCGUAGGCAAAAAAGCCUCAGGAGGGCAUUUUAGGGAGCUCAAAGAACGUCUGGCGGCAAGCAAAAAGGGCCUUCUGGCAUCCUUCGAUAGUGUCCAGGGCAAUGAUCAGGGUCAGAAGUUGGUGAAGAACUUCAAUGAAUUCCUCAAUUUUGCCUCAAUGGCCAAGGAGAGGCAGACUACCGAAGAGACUCCCCCUCAGCCUCGAUCGACCAAUCCCUUCGAUGAGAGUCCUGACGAUUCCCAGGAAUACUUCCCAAUGACCACAUCCAUGACGCGAGAAUUGAGGCUGGAACUGGAGAAUCUCGAUAGGCAACUCUUUGGUCCGGACUUCCAGAAGAAGCACUUCAAUUCCCUUCUGGAUUGCGAUACACCCGGAAGUGGGGAUUCAGUUAACAGUGGCGACAGGAAUAAAUCACCAGGAAUUGCCUACACGAAGCUCGAAGGAAAUUCCAUUGAGGUGUGCGACAAUCUCUUCAAUGGCCAUCAAAAAGACCAACAGACAGGAUCAGAAGAGGAAACUCCAGCAAAAAUCACCAGUGGAACUGUAGAUGUUUUCAUCUGGGAGAAUCCUCUGCAUCAACUAAAUUCAGGAACUGAAGAUGAACGACAAGUAGUCGGUGUCAAUCUUACGACACCGGAUGAACAGACUGAUCUGGAGUAUGAUGGAGAGAUUGUGGAUGAGAUGAAUUGUGGCAAAUCAGCAACGCCCAUACGGCUCCUUAUCCGGAGGAAUGAAUCAAAACCCAGUAGUCGAAAUUCCGUGGUAUAUGGAGAAGAAUCAGACUCGGACAAAUCUGACAGUUGGAAUGAGUCAAGAAGGCCUGAAGUCCACAGAAAUACCCUUGAAGUUGAACAGAGGGUGGCCACAAUGACAAAUUCCUGCGAAGAAGCCUCUGAAGCUAGCAAUUCAACAGCAACUCCCAAAAUUCCUGGAGAUCUUCCAGCACCGGCUGAAUUUGGUGGUGGAAAUCCCUUUCUCAUCUUCCUAGCCCUCUCGCUAUUGCUGCAGAGUCGGGAUUUUGUGAUAAAGAGCGGAAUGGACUACAAUGAGAUGGCCAUGCAUUUUGACAAAAUGGUCCGGAAACACAAUGUCACGAGGACACUCAAUCAUGCUCGCCGGAUGUAUGCGGACUACCUGAGAUCACAGAAUACAGCUUCGGGUACAGUUGGCAAAUCCGGAACUACAAGUAGUCGCAAACAUUCCAACAGGCUCUAGACCUAGAGACUAGAAGCACUCAAGCGGUAGAUACUCGAACUUCACCUUAGACUUCCGAUUACUUUCGUUACUUGUGAAAGUAUAGGGUUAACAAAAGACACUGGAGAUUUCGAAAAAAUGACCUUAAAAAAUACAGUAAACAAAAAAUCAAACAAGUAUUUUGCAUUUUUUAUAAUGAUAUCUUGUGCUUUUUUACAAAUACACAUCGUUCCUAGUUACGGCAUUUUUUAAAUUGUAGAAUUAAUUUAAAUGUGAAUAAAUAGUAUUUAUGCUCAGUAUAGUUAAAUUUCGAAAUCUCCAAGAAAGAAAGAAAAAAAAAUAAUGUAUGUAUGUUGAACAAAUUUAUCCUUUUCUGUGAGAUUUUUUAAUCAUUCCAAGCGGUAGAUGUGAUUGAAAUGUAGGUUAAAAAUACCCAAAAUUAUUAUUAUAAUCCCAGGUUACAAGAAAAAGAAAGCUUUUGAUCUUAUUAUAAAAAUUUUGAUCCUAAUUGAGAUCGAAAAUAAAAUCUGGUGAGAACGCAAAGACUUUUACUCAAGAACACGAUGCGAUAUGCAAUAAAUGUGCACUCGCACUAUGUAAGCAAUUUAUGAAUUGUCAAUAAUAAAACACUAUGGCUUUGUCUUUCCAUCUAAAA